AUGCAGCACGACAGAGAGCAGCAGCCCUUGGAUGCAUACAUCGGCGAGCGGGUCCAGCAGGACGGCAGAGAGCAGAAGCCCUUGGGCGUUGACAUCCGCGAGGGGUUCCAGCAGCACGGCAGAGAGCGGCGCGACCCGGAGCAGCACGACAGAGAGCAGCAGCCCUUGGACGUUGACACCCGCGAGUGGUCCCAGCAGCGCGGCAGAGAGCAGCACGGCCCGGAGCAGCACGACAGAGAGCAGCAGCCCUUGGAUGCUGACAUCCGCCAAGGGUCCCAGCAGCUCGGCAGAGAGCAGCACGACCCGGAGCAGCACGACAGAGAGCAGCAGCCCUUGGACUUGGACAUCCGCGAGUGGUCCCAGCAGCACGGCAGAGAGCAGCACGACCCGGAGCAGCACGUCAGAGAGCAGCAGCCCUUGGACGUUGGCAUCCGCGAGUGGGCCCAGCGGCGCGGCAGAGAUCAGCACGACCCGGAGCAGCACGACAGAGAGCAGCAGCCCUUGGACGAGCAGCACGACCCGGAGCAGCACGACAGAGAGCAGCAGCCCUUGGACGUUGACACCCGCGAGUGGUCCCAGCAGCUCGGCAGAGAGCAGCACGACCCGGAGAAGCACGACAGAGAGCAGCAGCCCUUGGACGGUGACAUCCGCGAGUGGUCCCAGCAGCUCAGCAGGGAGCAGCACAACCCGGAGCAGCACGACAGAGAGCAGCAGCCCUUGGACGUUGACAUCCGAGAGCGGGCCCAGCAGCACGGCAGGAAGCGGCACGACCCGGAGCAGCACGACAGAGAGCAGCAGCCCCUGGACGGCAGCGCGACCCCGGAGCAGCACGACAGAGAGCAGCAGCCCUUGGAAGUUGACCUCCUCGAGGGGUCCCAGCAGCUCGGCAGAGAGCAGCACGACCCGGAGAAGCACGACAGAGAGCAGCAGCCCUUGGAUGCUAACAUCCGCGAGUGGUCCCAGCAGCUCGGCAGAGAGCAACACGACCCAGAGCAGCUCGGCAGAGAGCAGCACGACCCGGAGCAGCACAACAGAGAGCAGCAGCCCUUGGACGGUGACAUCCGCGAGUGGUCCCAGCAGCGCGGCAGAGAGCAGCACGGCCCGGAGCAGCACGACAGAGAGCAGCAGCCCUUGGACGUUGACAUCCGCGAGUGGCCCCAGCAGCACGGCAGUGAGCAGCACGACCCGGAGCAGCGCGACAGAGAGCAGCAGCCCUUGGACGUUGACAUCCGCGAGUGGUCCCAGCAGCGCGGCAGAGAGCUGCACGACCCGGAGCAGCAAAACAGAGAGCAGCAGCCCUUGGACGAUGACAUCCGCGAGUGGUUCCAGCAGCACGGCAGGGAGAAGCACGACCCGGAGCAGCACGACAGAGAGCAGCAGCCCUUGGACGUGGACAUCCGCGAACGGUCCCAGCAGCACGGCAGAGAGCAGCACGACCCCGAGCAUCACGACAGAAAGCAGCAGCCCUUGGACAUGGACAUCCGCGAGUGGUCCCAGCAGCACGGCAGAGAGCAUCACGACCCGGAGCAUCGCGACAGAGAGCAGCAGCCCUUGGACGUUGACAUCCGCGAGUGGCCCCAGCAGCACGGCACAGAGCGGCACGACCCGGAGCAGCACGAUAGAGAGCAGCAGCCCUUGGACGUCGACAUCCACGAGUGGUCCCAGCAGCACGGCACAGACCAGCACGACCCGGAGCAGCACAACAGAGAGCAGCAGCCCUUGGACGUCGACAUCCGCGAGUGGUUCCAGCAGCACGGCAGAGAGCAGCACGACCCGAAGCAGCACGACAGAGAGCAGCAGCCCUUGGACCUUGACAUCCGCGAGUGGUCCCAGCAGCACGGUCAUCAGCCCUUGGACGUUGACAUCCGCGAGCUGUCCCAGAACAUCGGCAGAGAACAUCACGACCCGGGGCAGCACGACAGAGAGCAGCAGCCCUUGGACGUCGACAUCCGCGAGUGGUCACAGCGGCACGGCAAAGAGCAGCACGACCUGGAGCAACACGACAGAGAGCAGCAGCCCUUGGACGCUGGCAUCCGCGAGUGGUCCCAGCAGCACGGCAGAGAGAAGCACGACCCAGACCAGCGCGACACAGAGCAGCAGCCCUUGGACGUUCACAUCCGCGAAUGGACCCAGCAGCACGGCAGAGAGCAGCACGACCCGGAGAUGCACGACACAAAGCAGCAGCCCUUGGACGCUGACAUCCGCGAGUGGGCCCAGCAGCACGGCAGAGAGCAGCACGGCCCGGAGCAGCACGACAGAGAGCAGCAGCCCUUGGACGUUGACAUCCGCGAGUGGGCCCAGCAGUACGGCAGAGAGCAGCACGACCCGGAGAUGCACGACACAAAGCAGCAGCCCUCGGACGUCGACAUUUGCGAGUGGGCCCAGGGGUCUGGCAGAGAGCAGCACGACCCGGAGCAGCACGAUAGAGAGCAGCAGCCCUUGGACACUGACAUCCCCGAGUGGUCCCAGCAGCACGGCAGAGAGCAGCACGGCCCGGAGCAGCACGACAGAGAGCAGCACGACAGAGAGCAGCAGCCCUUGGACGUCGACAUCCGCGAGUGGGCCCCGGGGUCCGGCAGAGAGCAGCACGACCCGGAGCAGCACGACAGAGAGCAGCAGCCCUUGGACGUUGGCAUCCGCGAGCGGUCCCAGCAGCGCGGCAGAGAGCAGCACGACCCGGAACAGCACGACAGAGAGCAGCAGCCCUUGGACGUUGACAUCCGCGAGUGGUCCCAGAACAUCAGGAGAGAGCAGCACGACCUGGAGCAGCACGACAGAGAGCAGCAGCCCUUGGACGUUGGCAUCCGCGAGCGGUCCCAGCAGCGCGGCAGAGAGCAGCACGACCCGGAACAGCACGACAGAGAGCAGCAGCCCUUGGACGUUGACAUCCGCGAGUGGUCCCAGCAGCACGGCAGAGAGCAGCGCGACCCGGAGCAGCACGACAGAGAGCAGCAGCCCUUGUAUGUCGACAUCCGCGAAUGGUCCCAACAGCACGGCAAAGAGCAGCACGACCGGGAGCAGCACGACAGACAGCAGCAGUCAUUGGACGCUGACAUCCGCGAGUGGUCCCAGCAGCUCGGCAGAGAGCAGCACGACCCGGAGCAGCACGACAGAGAGCAGCAGUCCAUGGACGUUGACAGCCGAGAGCGGGCCCAGCAGCACGGCAGGGAGCGGCACGUCCCGGAGCAGCACGACAAAGAGCAGCAGCCCUUGGAUGUUGACAUCCGCGAGUGGUUCCAGCAGCUCGGUAGAGAGCAGCACGACCCGGAGCAGCACGACAGAGAGCAGCAGCCCGUGGACGUUGACAUCCGCGAAUGUUUCCAGCAGCUCGGCAAAGAGCAGCACGACCCGGAGCAGUACGACAGAGAGCAGCAGACCUUGGACGUUGACAUCCGCGAGGGGUCUCAGCAGCACGGCACAGAGCUGCGCGACCCAGAGCAGCACAACAGAGAGCAGCAGCCCUUGGACGUUGACAUCCGCGAAUGGUCCCAGCAACUGGGCAGAGAGCAGCACGACCCGGAGCAGCACGACAGAGAGCAACAAGCAGAACAGCACGACCCGGAGCAGCACGACAGAGAGCAGCAGCUCUUGGACGUUGACAUCCGCGAGUGGUCCCAGCAGCGCGGCAGAGAGCAGCACGACCCGGAGCAGCACGACAGAGAGCAGCAGCCCUUGGAUGCUGACAUCUUCGAGCGUGGCGCGGCCAGCACGACCAGCGCUGCUGGUGGAAUAUCGCCGGGCCCUCGCGCCGUGAACCUGAAUCUUCGGGGGCCUGGGUUCCUCGACAAGUUUUUCUUCGGAGCCUUCGUGGCUACGCGGUUCACGUCCGGUGUCAUGCUGUGGGGCCUCUUCCAAGCGCUGCGCCCGGAGGCGCUCGCCACAGUGAUGUUGACCGCAACCGGGCACGCCGUCGCAGGCGGGAGCAUGCCCGUGAUGUCCUUGCUCGCCGUCGCUUCGGGAUCCCCAGUGCCAGUCAUGGCCGUCAACGCCGUGCGAAUGGGAGGUCUCCGCGCGGCCUAUGGGGCUGGAAGCCUCGUGGCUAUUUGGAGGGGCGCGCACACUACGCCAUGGCUUUGCCGCGUCCUUAGCGCCACAGUCGCCCUGGCAGGCUGCCCCGCGCUGGGGCUUCAGGCCAGCGCGCCCGUCCUCGCCGCGGCUUGCUGGCCAGCCUUCCCUCUAGAGGAGGCGGCAGCGUCGGCCCCGCCCCCGCCAGAGCUGCACCCCGAGCCCGCGCCACCAAGAGGGCGACACCUGCGGGCCACGUCCUGGGCCGUCAGUGUGAUGCCGAGUAGGCGCGGCGCUCUCUGCCGCGCGCCAACAUGCCGGGAACCCCUCGCCAAAGGGGACCUGCGAGUAUGCAAGCCUCGCUUGGCCAACCCGCUCUACUACCACCUGGGCUGCGUGGAGGGCGGCUUGGGGCCCUGCGACCAGGUGCAGGGCACAGGCGCGCUCUCGCCGGAACAACAAAACGCCGCCCGAGGCCUGUGUGACCGCCCUGGCCAGCCCACGCGGGCAGAGUACGUGGCAGACCACGGCAGAGCCAAGCGCGCGAGGACCGAUCCCGACACUGCCCGCCAGGCCGUUUUGCUGGGCGUGCCCCUUCUGGAGAAGGACGACGGGGCGCUGGGCCCCGAGCCCGAGGACCCUUCCAGCAGUAUGCCGCCCCAGCCUGCGAAUUUGGAGUGGUGGGAUUCAAUUGAUCACGCCGCCCUCGAGCAAGACGUCCCCACCAUUCUCCCGGUGCCGACGAACGUGAGCGCAGCUUUGGCCCAACUCCGCGGACACGUGGCCGAACAGCUCCUUGCCGCGAAGACUGCUGGUGACGCCGCCGCGCAGGCCCGGGCGGAGAAGGCCAAGGGGACUGGGGAGGUCUCUGGCGCGAAUCCACUACGUCUGCGAGCCGCGGGCCGAGAAGAGGAGAUGGUGCCCCGACGGCGAAGCAGGACGCGCGAGCGGUAG